GAGUGCUUCAGUAACGUAAAGUAGGAUUUUAAAAUGAAGGUCUUGCAAAUCGCUCUUGUGUUUUCCGCAAUUUUGGCCAUAGCUUUGGCCGCAAAUGCCAGUUGGGGAGCCAAAUUGUCCAGCAGCAAGCUAGCUAGCACCCAGAACGUGACCAUCCACAAGAAGGCCAAUCAAACUGUUUCCAGUAAAAUUAUUUUCCCAUUGACGGGCCAGACCAACACAAAAACCAUUCGGUACAUAAGCAUAAUUGACAGAUUUACCAACAGCUCGGGACCGUCCUCGACUCUAUUGAGUGGUGGACCAGGUUUCAUAUCAGCCAUAGUAAAUGUCACAAGCCAGCCAUCCCAUGGAAUCAACAUCACUGCCCAAUUCUGGGUAGAUGCCUAAAAGCGUUUCCCAAAUCAAUGGACUAAAAAAAAGUUUAAAAAAUUAUUUUUGUAAUUCUUUCAUUGGAUAUACAAAAAUAUAUUUUACAAUGCAGUUAAAAUUAACAAAAUAAAAAAGGUAGCAAAAACA